AGACUUGCGUAAUCGCAGAUCGUACGUCGCGAGUCGCGAGCAGCCGCAAGCCGCAAGCAAUCGAUCCAUCUGUUUACGCGUUUAUGGAGGUCGUCUGCUAGCCUGACGUUCUUUGACGUGCCACUUGACAUUUACGAAUUAUGCUGUGAGAAAAGCGCGCUUUUAUGUGACUGUUGCGGGUAAACGGAUCCACGAUGCCAGGGACCGAAGACAGCACGACAGAAUUAGGAGAAAUAGAAAAUGUCAGGGUGGUGGUGCGAGUUCGACCGUUAAACAGCAAGGAGCUCGAUGCCCACUCGAAAAACAUAAUAGAUGUGGAUGCUUUGAACGGCGAGAUCACUAUAGAGAAUUCAAAUGCAGCUCAAGGAGAACCGCCAAAAGUCUUUUCUUUCGAUGCAGUAUUUGACACAGAUUCGACUCAGGUGGACAUCUACAACGAGACUGCCAGACCUAUAGUGGACAAGGUGUUGCAAGGCUACAAUGGAACGAUUUUUGCAUAUGGCCAGACCGGCACUGGCAAGACUUACACUAUGUCUGGUGCUAAGACCUCACCUCAAGCUAGAGGAAUUAUUCCAAAUACAUUUGCACACAUUUUUGGACACAUAGCUAAAGCUGAUGAAAAUCAAAAAUUCCUCGUACGCGCUACAUACUUAGAGAUUUACAAUGAAGAAGUCCGGGAUCUGCUUGGAAAGGAUCAAAAUACUCGAUUGGAAGUGAAAGAAAGACCGGACAUCGGGGUAUUUGUAAAAGAUUUAAGCGGAUAUGUAGUGAAUAAUGCCGACGAUUUGGAUCGCAUAAUGUCACUCGGCAAUAAAAAUCGUGUUGUCGGGGCUACUGCCAUGAAUGUAUCUAGCUCCAGAUCCCACGCGAUAUUUACAAUUACAGUUGAAUCUAGUCAGAUUGGUGAAGACGGAGAGCAGCAUGUAAAAAUGGGGAAACUUCAUUUGGUGGAUUUAGCCGGAUCAGAAAGACAAAGCAAGACAAAGGCGACAGGCCAGCGACUUCGCGAAGCUACUAAAAUUAACUUGUCACUAUCCACAUUGGGGAACGUAAUAUCUGCACUGGUUGAUGGACAAAGUUCUCAUGUGCCUUACAGAAAUUCCAAACUAACUAGGUUGCUUCAGGAUUCAUUGGGUGGAAAUUCGAAAACGUUGAUGUGUGCAAACAUCAGUCCAGCAGAUAUAAAUUACGAUGAGACUAUAAGCACUUUACGUUACGCGAAUCGCGCGAAGAAUAUCAAAAAUCGCGCGAGAAUCAAUGAGGACCCAAAGGACGCUUUACUUCGUCAAUUCCAAGUUGAGAUUGAACAGUUGCGCAAGCAAUUGGAAGAGAACGGUGCGGAGCUUUCGGAAUCCGAGGAAGAAUCCGAGAAUUCGGAGGAAUCGAAAGAAACGAAGCGAGAUAAGAAGACUCGUCGGAGUCAAAUAUUGUCAAUGGAGGAGUUGGAAAAUAGAAACACAGAUUCGACGGAGAAAAUUGAUAAGGCCGAAAGAGAUGAUAAAAGUCCAGUGGACAAAGAUGUCAUCGAACUGAAAAAAACUCAGAGCGAGAAGGAAGCGUUGCGGCAGAAGAUGCAAAAUUUGCAGAACAAGAUUCUAGUGGGUGGCGAAAAUUUGUUGGAGAAGGCAGAAGCUCAGGAGCAAUUGUUAGCAGCCGCGGCGAUUGAACUUGAGCAACGAAAGAGCAGAGAAGAACAACUAAAGAAAGCCAUUAAGGCAAAAGAGGCGGAACGCAUCGACAUUGAGGAGAAGUAUUCGUCUCUGCAAGAGGAAGCGGCUGGGAAAACAAAAAAAUUGGCGCGCGUGUAUACGAUGUUGAUGUCCGUCAAAGCGGAGCUAUCCGAUCUGCAGCAGGAACACCAAAGAGAGAUGGAAGGUCUAUUAGAAGGUGUACGAGGAAUCGGUAGAGAGCUGCAACUACAGAAUCUUAUUGUGAAUCAUUACAUUCCCGUUCAAUAUCAGACGAUGAUCAAGAGAUAUGUUCAUUGGAAUGAGGAUAUCGGAGAAUGGCAGUUAAAAUGUGUGGCAUAAAAUAAUAAAGACGCAAUACCGCCAGACAUGUCAAACAUAUAUCUCUCUUACAACACUGGAAUAGACAAUACGUUCGUGCAACCGAAGAAAGUGCGGAGCCGAUCUGGCGUCCCCCGACCAACUACGGCGCAUCGACGUACACCACAUUGAAAAAGUCAUGGAAUCACAGAGGUUUAUUUUUCUUAUAUUUUUUUCUCUUUUUGUAGAUCAAUUUUUUGGGGAGAUUUACGUAUCCACGUUCGUUCGGAUAAUCACGCAAUAUAUUUCGAUAUUCAUAUGUGUGAUUAGAGAUAAUAUCCAUCUUAAUGUUUCUAUGCGAUAUCAUUUUUAGAGUUUAGUGAUUUUUUAAUACAGAUAUAAUAUAUAUGAGAAAGAUGCUCGAUUUUAUCCAUCACGAAUACAGUUAAUUGAGAAUAUUUUAACAGAUCAGUAAAAAGAUCAGCAUAACCUUAAAACGCAUUCCUUUCGAAUUUAUUUGGAAACACAUAAGAGGCACAUAAGUAUUUUAUCUAAAAGUGUUCGAUUUUUUUAUUUUUACUUUAGAAUAUAAUAUAGCACCCCAAAAUACAAGCACACACAUGAAUUGUUUGUUUAAAUUAUUACAAGUACAUUUUUAUUUAUUAACAAUAUAUGCGAGAGAGAGAUUAUGAUUGCGAAAAACGAUAUAAGUCCGUUAGAAAAAUGGAAACAUACUGUACCUGCGGAAUAAAAAGGACUCGAGAGUUUAAGAAAAUUGACGAUAUAAAAUCACAAUAUAUUUACACAAUAUUUAUGGAUUCCGUUUAAAAUCCGACGUUCUCAAGAAAAAAAUUUAUUCUAUAUUUAGAAAUUCGUAUAUAUCUUUGGUAGCUUUGUUCUCGCUUACACUCUACAUAAUUCCUUCGAAUAAACAUCGCGUCAAAAAUUAUAUAAAGCGAUAAAGAGAUAAAAAUUAUGAAUAAUAUAGUGCGCAUAUUUCUAUUGUAAUUAAUGUCGAGUAUUAGUGUCAAAUAAUCUCGAUAGUGUUACGAGUUUUUAUUUGAUAAAGUAGCCAUUUUUACGUAAUUUAGUGAUAUUAGAUUUGAAACAAGAGAUUUUAGGCAACGCAAAUGUCUGAAAUGUAUCAUGAACAUGUCGGAAAGAGACCAGACAUUUUUUUCAGAUGUUUUAGAUUUUCGCGUUGUUUGAGAACAUCUUAUAUUAUUUCGUAACUCUUUUAGAAUGCCCGACGAAUCAUGUGCAUUUAUUAUUUACUGUGAUACCAAAAUACUUUCGCGUAUAUUUUCGAUUAAGUUUUUGUCAACGCUUUGUUUAGCGUUAUCAAUAAUCAGUCUACGCGGCAGCAUUGAUUAUUUAUUGUUUGUCGCGGCGUACGUGUCCUGUUUUUGUAUUUAUAAUUUCAGAAAUAAAGAAAAA